GUGGUGGCGGCUGCGCGCGCGCGCGCGCGGGUGCGAACGGGGAACGCCGCGAGGGCUGGGGCAGGUCAGGCGGUGGGGACCACGGACGGUGACUAUGGCCGCGGCAGCGGGCGGCGGCGGUCCUGGGACGGCGGCGGGCGCCGCGGGUGCGGGAGGCGCGGCGGUGGCUGUAGGCUUGGCGGUUUAUCGGCGGAAGGAAGGGGGCCCGGCCAGCAAGUUUUGGGAGAGCCCGGAGACCGUAUCCCAGCUGGAUUCUGUGCGGGUCUGGCUUGGCAAGCACUACAAGAAGUAUGUCCAUGCGGACGCGCCCACCAAUAAAACGCUGGCGGGGCUGGUGGUGCAGCUUCUCCAGUUCCAGGAAGAUACCUUUGGGAAGCAUGUCGCCAACCCGGCCUUCACCAAGCUCCCUGCAAAAUGUUUCAUGGAUUUCAAAGCUGGAGGCACCUUGUGUCAUGUCCUUGGGGCUGCUUACAAGUAUAAAAAUGAACAGGGAUGGCGGAGGUUUGAUCUACAGAACCCAUCCCGAAUGGAUCGCAAUGUUGAGAUGUUUAUGAAUAUUGAAAAAACAUUGGUGCAGAGCAAUUGUCUGACCAGACCCAACAUCUACCUCAUGCCAGACAUUGAUCUGAAGCUGGCUAACAAAUUGAAAGAUAUCAUCAAACGACAUCAGGGGACAUUUACCGACGAGAAGUCAAAAGCUUCCCACCACAUUUAUCCGUAUCCUGCCUCCCAAGAAGAUGAAGAAUGGCUGAGGCCGGUGAUGAGGAGAGACAAGCAGGUGCUGGUGCACUGGGGGCUCUACCCGGACAGCUACGAUACUUGGGUCCAUAGUAAUGAUGUUGAUGCGGAAAUUGAAGAUCCACCAAUUCCAGAAAAGCCAUGGAAGGUUCAUGCCAAAUGGAUUUUGGACACGGAUGUUUUCAAUGAAUGGAUGAAUGAGGAGGAUUACGAGGUGGAUGAGAACAGGAAGCCUGUGAGUUUCCGGCAGCGCAUUCCAACAAAGAAUGAAGAGCCAGUCAGAAGUCCAGAGAGAAGAGAUAGAAAAGCAUCAGCUAAUGCUCGAAAGAGGAAACAUUCGCCUUCCCCUCCACCUCCCACACCCACAGAAUCGCGGAAGAAGAGUGGGAAGAAAGGCCAAUCUAGUAUUUAUGGGAAGCGCAGGAGCCAGAAAGAGGAAGACGAGCAAGAAGAUCUUACCAAGGAUAUGGAAGACCCGACGCCGGUGCCCAACGUGGAGGAAGUGGUGCUUCCAAAAAACGUAAAUCCAAAGAAAGAUAGCGAAAAUACACCUGUUAAAGGAGGAACUGUAGCCGAUCUAGAUGAACAGGAUGAAGAGACAGUGACCACAGGAGGGAAGGAAGACGAGGACUCCGGCAAAGGCGAUCAGAGCCGGCCCUCCGACCCUGGUGAAGACAAUGUGACGGAGCAGACCAAUCACAUCAUCAUUCCCAGCUACGCCUCGUGGUUUGACUACAACUGUAUUCACGUGAUUGAACGGCGUGCUCUUCCUGAGUUUUUCAAUGGAAAAAACAAAUCCAAGACUCCAGAGAUAUACUUGGCAUAUCGAAAUUUUAUGAUUGACACAUAUCGCCUGAACCCCCAAGAAUAUUUGACCAGCACCGCUUGCCGGAGGAACUUGACUGGAGACGUGUGCGCUGUGAUGAGAGUUCAUGCCUUUUUGGAGCAGUGGGGGCUUGUUAAUUACCAAGUUGAUCCAGAAAGUCGACCUAUGGCCAUGGGACCUCCUCCGACUCCUCAUUUCAAUGUAUUGGCUGACACCCCCUCUGGGCUUGUGCCUCUACACCUUCGAUCUCCUCAGGUCCCUGCUGCUCAGCAGAUGUUAAGUUUUCCUGAGAAGAACAAGGAAAAACCAAUUGAUUUGCAGAACUUUGGUCUCCGUACUGACAUUUAUUCCAAGAAAACCUUAGCAAAGAGCAAAGGUGCCAGUGCUGGAAGAGAGUGGACUGAGCAGGAGACCCUGCUCCUCCUGGAGGCCCUGGAGAUGUACAAGGACGACUGGAACAAAGUGUCCGAGCACGUUGGGAGCCGUACGCAGGACGAAUGCAUCCUCCACUUUUUGAGGCUUCCCAUCGAGGACCCCUACCUCGAGAAUUCAGAUGCUUCCCUGGGACCCCUGGCGUACCAGCCUGUCCCCUUCAGUCAGUCAGGAAACCCGGUCAUGAGCACCGUGGCCUUUCUGGCAUCUGUGGUGGACCCUCGGGUGGCGUCUGCCGCAGCAAAGGCGGCUCUGGAGGAGUUUUCUCGGGUCCGGGAGGAGGUACCCCUGGAAUUGGUGGAAGCUCAUGUCAAGAAAGUACAAGAAGCAGCUCGAGCCUCUGGGAAGGUGGAUCCGACCUACGGCCUGGAGAGCAGCUGCAUCGCGGGCACGGGGCCCGAUGAGCCAGAGAAGCUUGAAGGAGCUGAAGAAGAGAAAAUGGAAAUGGAUACGGAUGGUCAGCAGCCUGAAAAGGCAGAAAACAAAGGGGACAGUGAACCAGUUGAAGGCGAUAAAGCACAAGACGGCGACAAUGAAAAAACGAGCGAGAAGGAACAGGAUAGUGAAGUUAGUGAGGACACCAAAUCAGAGGAAAAGGAGACUGAAGAGAACAAGGAACUCACUGAUCCUUACAAAGAAAGAGAAAGUGAUACCGGGAAGAAGAAAGUAGAACAUGAAAUUUCUGAAGGAAACGUAGCCACAGCCGCAGCAGCUGCUCUGGCCUCAGCUGCAACGAAAGCCAAGCACCUAGCUGCCGUGGAAGAGCGAAAGAUCAAGUCUCUGGUGGCUCUCCUGGUUGAGACCCAGAUGAAGAAACUAGAGAUCAAACUGCGGCAUUUCGAGGAGCUGGAGACGAUCAUGGACCGAGAGAAAGAGGCGUUGGAGCAACAGAGGCAGCAGCUGCUUACUGAACGCCAGAACUUCCACAUGGAGCAGCUGAAGUACGCGGAACUGCGAGCCCGCCAGCAAAUGGAGCAGCAGCAUGGGCAGAACCCUCCGCAGGGGCACCAGCACUCGGGAGCACCUGGCCUAGCGCCACUGGGGGCCACAGGGCACCCGGGCAUGAUGCCUCACCAGCAGCCGCCGCCCUACCCUCUGGUGCAGCACCAGAUGCCGCCGCCCCAGCCAGGUCAGAUGCCAGGUCCGGGUUCCAUGAUGCCAGGGCAGCCCAUGCCAGGCCGCAUGAUUCCCACCGUUACAGCCAACAUCCACCCCCCCGGGGGUGGCCCUCCCCCUCCUGGUAUGCCGCCAAUGCCGGGAAACAUCUUGGGACCCCGGGUAACCCUCACGGCACCUAACGGCAUGUAUCCCCCUCCGCCACAGCAGCAGCCGCCACCACCGGCAGAUGGAGUCCCUCCACCUCCUACUUCAGGCCCACCUGCCUCCGCAGCGCCCUAGCCUGGAAGAUGCUGGGGAUGUCCACACCCGGCGCCACCAGCUGGGGUGGGGAUGGCAAGACUCACGUUCCUCGGCUUCCUUGGGUUUCUUUCAGGGUUUUUCUUCUCGCAUCCCCAAGCUCGUGUCCCGUCUCUCCCCACUCCUCUUGCCGCCCCUGCCCAUGCUCUGACGCCCCUCGAGUUAGGUCCUCGGCCAGCGCUCGGGGGUGCCUUAGUGACAGUGUGCCCUGGUCAUUCUCAAAAUCAGCUGCGUCUUCCCUGUCCUGGUGUGGAUAUUCUAUGUCUUUAUCAUUUUUGCUCUCCUGUAGUUUUUUACUUUGUCUUAGGCCUCUGUGGAUGUUUUAUAAUCAUAUCCCCCCCCCCAUCUUUUGGUUAUUUUUGCUUUAAAGGAGAGCAUCCGAAGUUAAUAGGAACCAAAAAAUGGUGAUGGGCAGAAGGGAUAGCCAGCGGGGACAAACCUUAAGGCAUUAUAAGUGACCUUAUUCUGCUUAUCUGAGCUAAGAAUGGUGCUGAUGGUGACGUUUCAUGAAGCUUUUGCCACACGCAGAUGCGCCUGAAUCCACAGUCGUGGGGAAAGGGCCUGCGCUGAUGGUUCUCCCUAGUGAGGACUGCACGGGCCUCCACCCUGCCUGGUGGAAGGUGCCCCGUCAGCACCCGGGUGGGGAGGGCAGCAGCAUCGGCACAGACGCCUGCUCAGGCCCACAGGUCCUGGAGGUCUAUGCAGACGGUUUGUCAGAUUGGGGCUGGUGUUUGUGUCUGUCUGAAGGCAGCGUGGGCUCUGAGGACUGCUGUUUAGAGAGGCCUUCCUCAGUUCCCAGGACUAACCAGGAAGGUUGUAGGGGCCGAGGGCAGUGGCCAGCCAAUGAAUCUAGCCCACUAUUUACUGCUUGUAUGCAUUCUUUUUUUCCCUCCCUUAAAAAAAAAAAACUUUAAAAAGAAAAAAAAAAGUAAGUAGAUAGUGCUGAACAUUUUAGCUCACGGAACUUGGUUCGGACGGCGGGGUGCAGGUACACUCACUACCUCUUGCAGCAGCCAGGGCACGUGGAAUUCAGUGAAGCGGUACUUCUGGCUUGGGACGGGAUCUGACAGGUGGGGCUGGACGGAGGCUUCAUUCCUUCUCCCUUCCUGUCUGAGACCUCACAUUCCGUCUAUCACAAGGCUGCCAAGGAGCUGCUGGGUGUGUAUUGAGGAGCUCCCUUGGCAGUCGGAGCAUCAUGCUUCAAGGGCCGGGGUUCGUGGGCCGAGAGAGCGGAAUGCUAUUCCAGAGGAAGAGCCACAGAAAUGCCUUAAUUUGAGCCCAUUUCUAGCCCUGCUGAUGAGUGACUUGAGAGCUCUGGGUUUUCUCCUCUGGUCCCUGUCACCUCCCCUCUGUCCUUCCGUGGGUGUGGAAAGGGCAUUUCUGGUAGAGCUGAGCCCAGAGCACCCGACCUCGUCACUUCACAGCCUGCAGCGGCAGUUUCAUGGAGAAUGCCAAGUGAGACAUCUUUGGAGUAUCUUUUCUAUAUAUUUUAUAAAGCUUUACAUGUGAAAGGGUCUAGGUCGGUGUUUGUAAAACACCUUAGAACUUUUUCCUUAAUAUCAGAAAGCAAAAAAUAAUAAUAAUAAAACCACAAUUAAGAUUUGCCUUUCAAACCCUCAGGUGUUGCCUCUACCCAGGUGGCCCUGGUCACCCUCGGAACACUGGAACCAAGGCGACCUUGUUCCUUUGCGCUUGUGUUCAGGACUCCGGGAGGAGAGAUGAGCUUGCCCCUCCCGGAGUUUACUUCCAAUGCGAUGGCUCCAGAAAGACCCCCGUGCCUCUGACAGUGGCCAGGGCUGUUUCUGUUUCCUGCUGGUUUUUCCAAAAGGAAACUCAUUCCAAAUACUUAACCUUUUCCACUGGGGUCUUAGAAGGAAAAUGAAAUUCUGGUUCAUACUGUGGUCCCUGUAACCUCAGGUUUUUAAUGCGAUCACUUUCAAAUUUAAAAGGUCCAGGUGGAAAUAUUUUUGCUAUGCUGGUAGUAAUCCUACAGGAUACCUGAAUCGUUAGCCGUGUGUGUUUCCGUGUAAGUGGCGGCUUUCUCUUUUCAUGUCUUGGGUCUGGUUUCAUUCCUGUAACACAGCCACUCGAUUUUGUGCGGGGGAAUAAUAUGUGGUUUUUGUACAAA